AUGACCAACCAGCCAAUUAUUCAUGACGUUUUCGAGAGCAAGACGGGCACUUGGCAGUACGUGGUUGCGGAUCCAGCGACCUCGAGUGCGGCCAUCAUCGAUCCAGUUCUUGACUUCGAGCCGUCCAACCAGGCCUUGACCACUGGGAGUGCAGACACCCUGCUCUCAUUAGUCAGGGAGAAAGGCUACAAGGUGGACCUCAUCCUCGAGACACACGCGCACGCCGACCAUCUGACCGCAGGCUCCUAUCUUCAAAGCCGCCUGUCCCAGAUGCAAGGCUACAAGCCGCCCAUCGGCAUCGGCAAGCGUAUUGGCAGGAUCCAAGAUCUGUUCAGCAAAAAGUAUGGUGUUCCAGCGGAUGAGCUUGAGGGUGUGUUCGAGCGUCUCUUUGACGACGACGAGACGUUCGAGAUCGGGACCUUGAAAGCCAAGGCCAUUCACCUGCCCGGUCACACUCCGGACCACCUAGGCUAUAUGAUUGGAGAUAAUGUCUUCUGUGGUGACUCUCUCUUCCAUGCAGACAUAGGCACCGCUCGGUGUGACUUCCCCGGUGGUGACGCAAGUGCCCUAUACAAGUCAGGGCGGAAGCUCCUCAGCCUGCCAGACCAUGUAAAAGUUUGGACUGGGCACGACUAUCCCCCAAAGGGCAGGGAGCCUAUGCCCUUUAUGACCGUCGUGGAGCAUAAGAAGCAGAACAAGCAUCUGAGAGAGGGCAUAACCGAGCAGGAAUUUGUUGCCAUGCGGAACCAGCGCGACGGUGCCUUGGGUGCUCCCAGGCUUAUUCAUCCGUCUUUGCAGAUGAAUAUUCGGUCAGGGCGCCUGCCCAAGCCAACAUCGUCAGGUCAGCAAAUGUUGCACCUGCCGUUGAAUAUACAGGAGCACGCCCAGUGGUGA